ACUCAAAACGUCAAGUUAAAAUUGAACGAAACGCGGAUUAAUUUUUUUUGUUAUUAAGCCAAACUCAACAUUUCUUUAAAAAUUUGUUAACAAUUAUAUAAAAUUGUUUAAUAAUUAAUAAAAAAUUUAUAUAUUACCUAGUGUUUUGAAAAAUAUAAUAAAAUGUUUUAAGUGUUUUGUUCUUAUAGAGAAUAAGAAUUUUAUUUGCUUUAAAUUGAUUUUAUAAAUCAUGAAAUGUGCCAAUAAUCGAAAUUUGCCAUUAACCUCCAAAGUAGCAAAAACCAAAAGUCGUGUCAAUAACAGUAAUUCUUUGUUAACAAAUGCUGCCAAUAUGAAAAUCACCAAAGCCAUAGCAAAUUCAAAACAAAAUCGUAAAUUAACUAAUAAAGGAUUAACUUCAUUGACAACAGCAAGUCAGCAGUCAUUAUUAAAUAAUAUACAACAAUACCAGCAGCAACAACCACAAAUUUAUGAAAGAGAAAAUGAGAUAAAAGAUAAAGGACAAUUGCUGCAAGAUCAUAAAAAGACUAAAGAAUCCUUUCUGGCCACAAAUAAAGAUCUUUUUACAAGCUCCUUAAUCCAUCACAACACGAUGCAGAAGGAGAUAGACUGUGCUAAAGAGCGACGAUCAGCCAUGCAACAACAACAACAAACACCGUUACACUCUACGACACCAACAACAACAGCAACUACCCUCAUAAAUACAACAGAAACAAUAGCUUCGGAUAUACAAAGAACCGCAACAACAACUAGGAGAAAUUCACCAACACCGCAACAACAACAAGGAGUAACAGUAACAGAAAGAGAGCAACAGGCUACUGCUACCAGCGCACACAAUGAGUUUUUAGGGACCGCAACGGCGACGACACCGACAACUACGAAUUUGAAUUUAUCGUCUUUGGCUGGUAAAGCACCACAAUUCAUAUCAGUUGUCAACGAAACAUCAAACCAAACAGUGUUACGUACAUCAGCAACGAACAUUAACGAAGUUCAAAAUAAUCAAAACGACGAACAGCCACCAAAGAUAAACACAAUUAGAACCGCAACGACACCUACUACGUCUACGAAUAAUAAUAACACAAAUAUAUCAACUACAACAGUCGCUAACAUAAAUGACGAGCCAAAAGAUCAUUAUCAUGUUAAGAAAUUCUCAAAUACAAAUUGUCUGAAAUCUCCUCCAACCGCAAAUGAGCAAAAAUUAGAUAAUUAUAAUAAUAAUAUUAAAAGUGACGUACAAGAAAGUGUUAAUAAUACUAAUAAACAAAACAAUAAUAAUGAUAAUAACAGUGAAACGUUAGAAAAUCAACAAAAAAUUAUUAAUAAUACAAAUUCUAGUGAUAAUUCUCUAAACAAAACAGUGAUAAAUAGUGUUAUAACAACAGCAGCAGCAGCAGUGACAACACCCACAAAUACUUUAGAAAAUUUAAAUGAAAAUACAAAUAAUGCAAAAAAUCAUCUAAAUAAUACUACAACAACAGCCCCACAAAAUUAUCGUGGUGCCAAUAAUUCAGUGAUAAUAACAAAUUACAAUAAUAAUAACAAUAAUUCUCAAAUACCACAACAUCAACAAAGCUCCCUUUACGAAUCAAGUGAAUUUGUUGCCACGGAAAAUAUACUCAAUACCUCUAGCAAUGAUCCAAAUUUAAAUUUGGCUGUUAUAGGUUCAUCAGCUCAUCUAACAUCACAUGCUUCACCUCUAACCGGAGCUCAGUUACACCCUCAAUUAACACAACAUCACCCACAAAGCGCAGUCUCUGCCGAACAUUGGUUAAAUACGUACAAUUCAUGUGCCUAUGAUUUGUCUUUGAAUCAUACUCCUUCGGCUGGUGAUAAUUCUACCAAAGAUUUAAUUAAUUUGCAGCUUUUUUCUCCUCUGACACAACUACAUCAUACGGCUCAUCACGCGCAUGCACAAGCCAACCAACAUCAUACCCAAAGUCCUGCCUAUUAUACCACAACCAGCCAUUUAAUAAAUCCUGCUACUAGCAGCAGUAAUAGCACUCCUUCAACUGCAAAUUAUUUACACGACGACACAAUGAGAUCAAAUUUAGCCAUCUACGCCUCCUCCUACAAUCCCCAUCACGAGGCCAUGCAUCAUCAUCACCCGCUAAUGGGUGGUCAAAAUAUCAGCGUAUCCGCCAAUACACCCACCAGCAUUGAUGAGGUUAUACAGGAUACAUUAAAAGAUGAAUGUCUGGAAGAUCAUCAUAAUGGUGUCAGUUAUCUAACCCUAAGCUCUGUGGUCGAUCAUUCUGGAAAUUUAGCCCAUGAAUUGACUCACUUACCCUCCAUAGCUCCCGCCCAUAUGCAGACCUCUUCGCCACAUCAUCAUUUACAGAGUAUUCACCAUUUGCAUCAUAAUAAUUCCGCCAGUUCGGGUGCCGAUUCUCCCUCACCCACAUCGGCUUUAUCACAAUCGGGCGAUAUGGCCACCUUGCAAAGUUUUACCCAGUUAACGAAUGCCAGUGGAGUGGGUCAUCGUGAUAUCUACACUAUGUUAACGGGACCCGAGCAGACGCAGUUAUUCAAUUUCACCUCACCACCCUCACCAGUACUAUCGAAUAGUUCAGUGUAUGCGGCACCUUUGCUAGCAACAGCCACCAAUGGCAUGCCUUAUGGUAUGCAGUCCACAGGCACAACGUCAUCACCACCACCCUCCAACCAUCACAGCUCAGCCUCAGGUGUAUCCAAUGCAGCAGCAGCAAUAGCAACAACCUGUAGUCAAAACAUUCACACCUCGGCGUCAGCAGCAAUUACAACCAACUCCUCUAACAAUAAUCUCAAUGAAACACAUUCCAAUUCGGAUGACUAUGGUUCACCCAAAAGUACACAGAGCAGUGGUGCUGGCGGAGCUUUGCCUGCAUUCCAGCGCAUUGCUACCACAGCCUAUAACCAGAGUUCUCAUGCAAACGGCGUCGAUCGUUAUGGCUCAUUGAGUAAUUACAGAAGUCAUAACGAUGCUUGGUCUAGUCCUUAUGAGGCCAUUAGUUAUGCUCCCUCUUCGGUGGUGGGUAAUCAGGCUUUGAAUAAUGUGCUCAGUGCCAAUACAAAUGUCAUACGUUCCGCCGUUAAUGGUCGUGCGGUCAGCUCAACGGCCGAGGUAACAAAUCCGGCUGCCACAAAUUUAGUAGCGGCCCAUUUGUCCGCUUCAGCUUCAUUGUCAGCAACAUUUUUUGAUGCCGAUUUUUUUACGGAGGGGCGAGAAUGUGUCAAUUGUGGUGCAAUUUCAACUCCACUAUGGCGACGUGAUAAUACCGGACAUUAUUUAUGCAAUGCGUGCGGUCUUUAUCAUAAAAUGAACGGAAUGAAUCGUCCCUUAAUUAAACCACCCAGAAGAUUGAGUGCCUCAAGAAGAGCGGGCCUGACUUGCUCCAAUUGUUUGACCACCCAGACUUCAUUAUGGCGUCGUAAUCCCAAUGGUGAACCGGUAUGCAAUGCCUGUGGUCUAUAUUACAAGCUGCAUAGUGUGAAACGUCCUUUGACCAUGAAAAAGGAUACAAUACAGACCCGUAAACGCAAACCCAAAGGCUGUAAAACCGAAAAAAUUUCGAAAAAGCAAGCAUCAGCAAAUGCUGCCAUUGCUUCGGCAUCCGAACAAUCAAUCAAUUCGUCCAAUAAUACUCUCAAUACCAGCACUGAAAGUGCCACUAACAACAUGAGCUUGCUCAAUGGCGAUCAUGAUAUUAAACCUUUAACACAACAAUUAUUAAAUGCAUCAACAUCAUCACUAACACAAUCGGCGGCUACAUCACCCACGAAUAGUAUCUCAUCGCCUUGUCAUAACAAUAAUAACAAUCACAGCAUGAAUAUGUCACCAACAUCACCGUUAAUGCAGCAACAGCAGCAGCAACAACAACAACAACAUAAUCAUAUGGGUAAUAUGUCACCACAACAAUAUCAACAGCAUAAUCAGCAACAACAACAAUCACAGCAGCAACAAAUGUCACCAAUAAUGUUUCCACAUCAUGCCUCAUCUGCCUCAUCAUCACCCACCAAUCAUUUAAAUAAUACUAACAACAACAACAAUAGUAAUAACAACAAUACAACAACAUUUAAUCAUAAUGAUAAUGAAAAUUUGAAAUUUAUGCAAAAAUAUAUACAACAGCAACAACAAGCGGAACAACAGCAAUUAAUGAAUACAGCAACGCAACAGCAACAUACAGGGAAUACGCUAAUGAAUCCCAAUUCACCCAACAGCAACAACAACAACACAUCACCAACCGGCAACAAAUGUGCCACACCCAACAACAACAGCAACAGCAAUUCUCAGACUCAUCAACAGCAACAAUAUCUGCAGCUACAACUACACCAUCAUCAGCAGCAGCAACAACUAUUAGCAGCCAACAAUCCACAUGGUCACCAUCCCACCCUCCAUAUGGCCUCUAACAAUCACAGUCCCUUAAGUAAUUACCACGCUGAGGCCCAACCUAAUUCACCACCCACCUCUCCGGCCUAUGAGACAUAUGGUGAAUUGAUACCCAAUCCUAAUGAUACUGGCAACAGCAUUAAAAUCGAACAAUUACACCAUCAAUUGGCCGAUGAGCAACAUCAGCAGCAGCAGCAACAGCACCAGCAACAACAAAUUUUACACGGCCAUUUAAAUAAUAUGAGUCGUAGUCCUUCCAUGGAUGAUGAUUAUGAAUAUCAUCAAUUUUUGCUACAUCGCCAGCAACAUUUGCACGAUUUGCAGCAGCAGCAGUUUUUGCAAUUUGUGCCACAACAUUUGCAUGACUUUGGCAGAAAAUUCGACCGGGAAACGGUAGUGAAAAUGGAGUAAUUUUAAGGAGUUUAGAAAAUUACAACUGAAAAUAUUCUAUGGACUAAGCAAUGUAUUGGUGCGAAGGACCAUAACUCAAACAAAUUUUUAAGUUCCGCCGGAAAAUUGUUUAAGCAGGUUCUGAAAUAUAAAUUAGAUUAAUAUUUUAAUUGUAAAAGUAUUGAAGAGGUCUGCAGAAAUAUUAUGUUCUAAACUUGGGAGAAAUGUUAUCAUAUCUAAAGAGUAAUUUGUAUUGUAUGGUCCAGAUUUGUAGUACAAAAUGUUCUUCUUUUAAUUUCCGAAUUCUAAUACCAGAUCCAAACUUGGGUCAUUUAUGACCUGUCUUAAAAUUUUCAGAAUGACCCUCAAAAUUUUGAGUUAUUCGGCUAGGUUCAAGUACUAAUGUAUCCCUAAUUGAGGUAUUCUCUACCAUUAUAAUUUUGAUAAAGGUUUUUAAAAGAAGAAAACUUGAGUUUUUCAAGUUUAUAUAUUUUAUUUUAUUCAAACAAUAUCGGAAAAUUUAAGUUUUCUCAAGUUUUUUCGACUUUGACCCCUUUCCUUUAUUGAGUUUUCUAUUAAAGCAAGUAAUUUAUAUAUUAAUUUACUAAAGAACAUUUAGUUUUAAAUACAAAAUGGUCUUCAAAAUGUAUAAAACACCCUCAAUUUGAGUUAUUCUAAAACAAACUGUUUUCUGAUAGAAUGUAGAAUCCAUAGAGAAAUAUACAUAGAGCGGAAACUAGAAAAAAACUCAAAAUAAUCACAUGUCCGAGUGUUAUUUUUGUUUUCACAUAAUUUUUUAACUAAUAAAUUCUCAGUACUUAGGUUUUUGACAACCGAGUUAGGUCUUUGAGAGGAGAGUUUCUGAUCUAUGUUUAUUUAUCUAUGGUAGAAUGUAUCCCUAACUCUGUUAUAUUCAGGUCGAUUAUAAUUUUUCAAGUGGUCACUGAAAGAAGGAAAAUGGAGCUAUGCAAUUUGAAUGGCUUAAUCAAUUAUUUAAAUAAUUUUUCAAACAAUAUCGAAACAUUUAUUUUUUCUCCAGUAUUUUCGACUUUGAAUUCUUUCCUUUAUUAAGUUUUCUAUUAAAACAGUAAUUUUUAUACUAAUUUACUAAAGAACAUUUAGUUCUAGAUACAAAAAUAUUUCGCUUUUUCAAAUCAGGUGAAUAUUGAAGAAUUUAUUUAACAUUACUUGAGUUAAUCAAUAUUUAUAUUAAUAUAAAAAAACCAUAAGCAAUUAUUUAGAUGCAAAUUUGAAUUGUUAUAGAUCGACCUAAAUAUAUAAAUACCAAAUGAAUGCUACAAGUUGUUCUGAGUUUCGAAGGACCAUAAUACAAAUAAAUUAAGAUCAAAUGCAUAAAAUAAUAUUUCCCAUAUUGACCAUUAUAAAUAUAACUAAAUAACAAACAAAUAAAUUAAUUUAAAACAACAAUACUGUAAAUCCCACAACUUCCCUACAAUCAUGCAAAGAAAACCAAAGAUUAACCAACCAACAUCUAGAAAAAAUCCAUUAAAUUUAUUAUGAAUUUCUAGAAAAUUUUCAAAACUAGAAAAAUCCAUUAAAUUUACUAUGAAUUUCUAGAAAAUUUCCAAAGAAUCUUUAGAAUUUAUAUUUCAUAAAUAUGUAAAUUAAGUUAAGUUACUUUACUUUAAAAAUAAUUACAACAUAUAUUUUUAUAUACAUAAAUUUAAUAUUAAAAAACUAAAACACAAAAUAUGUAUACUAUAAAAAAUUAUAAAAAAUUUUUAACAAAAAGAAAAAACAUCCUCUAAGGACUAUCAAAAAACAAAAAAACAACCAAAAUUCUUCCAAAAAACAAAUUCUGUAAAUACUUUUUAAAUAUUAAAAAUAAUUAUAAAAUUAGUUUAAAAAAACUUUUUAAACCAACCUCUAUAUUACAAAAUUCCACAUAAUCUAUUAUAAUUUUAAU